GAGGCCAGGGAGGGGCGAGAAGACUGCUUCCUGAUGCAGGGGGUGGGAGUUGGAGGAGACUAGGAGCAGCGUCACGAGCUGCAUUAGGUGUACGUGAGGGGAGAGACCAAGGGGUAGACGUGGACGUGAGAGGGGCGAGGGGGCUUGCUUCCUGAUGCAGGGGCCAGUGGGAGUCGGAAGAUAUCAAGAGCAGCAGGGGGAUCAUCAGCAGCAUCAUCAUCAUCAGCAUCAUCAUCAGCAUCAUCAUCAGCAGCAUCAUCAGCAGCAGCAUCAUCAGCAGCAUCAUCAGCAGCAUCAGCAGCAUCAUCAUCAGCAUCAUCAUCAGCAGCAUCAUCAGCAUCAUCAUCAGCAGCAUCAUCAGCAUCAUCAUCAGCAUCAUCAUCAGCAUCAUCAUCAGCAUCAUCAUCAGCAUCAUCAUCAGCAGCAUCAUCAUCAUCAGCAUCAUCAUCAGCAUCAUCAUCAGCAGCAUCAUCAUCAGCAGCAUCAUCAUCAUCAGCAUCAUCAUCAGCAUCAUCAUCAGCAGCAUCAUCAGCAGCAUCAUCAUCAGCAUUAGGUGUACAUGAGUGGAGGGACCUAGGAAUAGCCGUGGACGUGGGAGGGGCGAGGGGACUGCUUUCUGGGGCAGGGGCCAGUGGGAUUCGGAGGAGACUAGCAGCAGCAGGCGUGUCAGCAGCAGCAGCAGCAGGGGCACCCGAGUGGAUGGACCUAGGGGUAGCUCUAGACGUGGCAGCCCUGCAGCAGUGCGUGGGGCAAGGGAGGGUGGUGACUGUGGACGAGUAUCUCAGAGGGAAGGGCAGUGGGAGAGGGGGAGAGGAGGGGGUGGAGGUGCGGAUGUGGUGGUGGUGGCAUGGCGGCGAAUCCGUGCUCGCCACGUGUCAGCGGUUCAUUCGUGUGGCUCCAUGGGCGAAACUGUUACCGCAUGAUAGUACGGAUGGUGCCACACAUGGGGAUUCUACAGGCGGUGACACUGAUGCUGGUGCUAAUAAUAGUGAUACCAACGAUGGUGCUACUAACGAUGGUGCUACUAACGAUGGUCGUAGUAACGGUGACAGUGUUGAUAGUGGGAUCAGCAGCAACGACCCCGCUCAUCUCGCCCGCAUGUGCGCAUCGCCCCCCAUCCCUGCCACCAACGCCUCCCUCCGCCAGUUCCUUGCCUUCUUUGCCCGCCGCACAGAGCCGGUCAUAGGGCUGGGAGACGUGUUCGAGGUGAGGGGAGGGUGGAUGAAAGGGAGAUGGAGGAGAGUGUUUCACAGGGACCUUCAGGGAAGCUGUUGGAGAGGAAGAAGGAAGCCGCUUCAGCACAGAGAAACUGCUGGAAGGCCAUGCUAGCUCCGAUGAAUCGCCUGGUCUGUACAACGGUGUCAACCGUGCUCUCCCCUUAGUGAGAGGCGCUCACGCAAACUCGCGAGCAGAGAAGAUGCUUCAAGCCCAUGCUAGUUCUGACGGUCUACCCGGUCUCUACGAUGGCCUUAACGGUGCCGUCCCCGUUCUGCCGCCCUGCCGCCUCGCCAUGCGCCCGCACCCCGCUGUCCUCUCCGCCGCCCAUGCCUUCGCGCGGCAUGUGCUCGGCACACGCUUUGCCGCCCUGCACCUGAGGCGGACGGAUUUCGAAUCUCACUGUUCGAGACCGAACUUCCGCUGCUGGCUGCCGCUCUCCCAGAUAGCCAGAUGCUUGGCUGAUCGGAUCAAUGCGCUCAAUGCUGCUGCUUGCUGCUGCUGCUGCAGGAAAGGAGGGGGUCGAGAGGAGAGCAGCUGGGGGUGGUGCAGAUGGCGGUGCUGGCAGUGGAAGUGGUGGCAGUGGGAGCUGGCUGCAGCAGCAUCAAGUGCGGACGCUGUUCAUUGCCACAGACACCUCAGACCGGGUGAGAGGUGCACACAGCAGGGCUCAGGUGGUUGAGAGCAACAGCUGUCCAGGUGGGUGAGAGCAAGAGCCGUCCAGGUGGGUGAGAGCAAGAGCCGUCCAGGUGGGUGAGAGCAAGAGCCGUCCAG